AUGUACAAGGCUCUUGCUUGCAUUCUUAUUGUCGUUGCUGGCGUUGCUAACGCUCGUCUCUUUGAAAAAGUUCAAUCAAACAAUAUUCGACGUAUUCAAUUAUUUCCACAACCAGAGGUACGUCUUGAUCUUUGCCCAACAUGUAUCAAUGUUGCUGAUCAAUCAAUUAAUAUUUUACUCAACUUAAUUUUGGACUCUGGUAUUAUUGGUACAUGUGGUACAUUAUGUCAAGCUUUGGCUCAAAAGACUGGAUCACAACUGAUUGGUACAAUCUGUGAUUUAGUUUGUGAUGUUGUUGGCAUUGAUGAAUUCAUCAAAUUAAUCGAAAAAGCUGAUCUUGAUCCAAUAUGGUAUUGUGAAAUUGCUCGAUUUUGUCCAAUUAAUGACCAUGGUGAUGCUAAAAUUACUAAAUUUACAAUUUUACCAACAACCGGUCGUCAAGGAACAACAUUUGCCAUUGACUUCACUUUUGUAUCGUUGAAUGGAACUGGUACUGGUGAACUCGACAUUGAUAUUCACACUCCUGAUCAUAUUCCACUUGGUGCUGGUUUCUUAUUAGAAGCUAAAAAAGCGGGUACAUACAGUGACAGAAUUACUGUCAAGGCUGAACCUGAUCCAGAAUGUGAUCCAACACAACAACCAUGUGAACAAUGGUUACCAGGAACUUAUAAUGUAACAGUUCUAGUUUGCAAUGGUGAAUGUGGCUCGAAACAUCCACACUCAGCCAUUUAUGAUACAGCUCGAGGCUCAUUUCAACUUACUGAAACUUGUAAUUCUGCAUAUUAUUCACCAACAAAAUGUUUUGAUAAACUUGAUCAUUAUGAAUGUAUUUGUGGACAAGGUCAAUUAUGGAAUGGAUAUACAUGUGUUGCGGAUGCUGUCGAUUCAAGACUUGUUUUUAAUGGUAGUCGUGUUCCAUCCUAUAUUGAACUUGAUAGUAAAACAUUCCCACGUAUUUCGGAAUUAACUAUUUCAUUUUGGAUUCGAAUACGGUCAAAAGUUGAUUCGUCUCAACAUACAAUUCUUUUUUAUAAAACAGGUAUUAUAAUAUUUCUUAUUAUGUAUUCAUAUACAUCUUUAAUUAUUAUAGAUGAUACUCAACCAGUUUUACUUGUAUCAUUAAUAGAGAAUUCUCGUUUACAUGUAGAAUUAUUAAAUAGUAUUUAUGAUGUAUCUAUACCAUUAUCUCUGGAACAAUGGCAUCAUAUAUCCAUAGCACAUAAUCUUUCUCACAGUGAAAAUAUAAAAAUUAUGAUAAAUGGUACUCGUGUUGUUGUAUUAGUUUCAUCAAAAACUUAUCGAUAUGAAAAACGAAAUUAUCAAACAAUUAUUGAUAGUGGUGGUGAUUUUUUUGUUGGUCAAGCAAUACGUACAACAAAUUUAACAAGCAAUAGUAUGACAGGAGAUUUUGAAUUUGACACACAACGAGCAUUUUAUGGUGAAAUUGCAUUUCUUAAUUUAUGGCAAAAAAUUUUAUCUGAUCGUGAAUUACAUCAAUUAGCAAAUGAUUGCCAUGCACAACGACAAGAAUGUGGAGAUGCAGUUACAUGGAUGGAUUUUGUUAAUGAUAUCAAAGGUGAAAUUAAUAUACAUUGGCCAUCAGGAAUUUAUUCAGUGUUUGGUAAUUGUCCUACUCCACAAUGGCUUCAUGAAUCAUGUGAUAAUUAUUGUCGUAAACUUGAUGGACCUCAUUGUAAAAAUGAAAGUCAAUUAAGUAUUAUUUGGCAAAAAGCUUUAGCUGGUCAAACAAUUGUUAAAGAUUGUCCAGGACAUGUAAAAAAUGGUAAAAAAAAAUUGUACAAUUUAUUAGUAAAUAUAUUCAUAGAAAAUUUAGGUAGUGUCUAUCGCACAUGUCAACGUAUUGAACAAAUAGCUCGAUGGACGUAUGUCGAUUAUAGUGAAUGUACUCAUCCAUUAAUAAAUGCAAUUGAUCAAGAAUUAGAUAUAUCUGUAUCAGAUAAAGAAGAAAUCCUUGUACUUCGUGAUAAAUGUGCAUUUUUAGCUGAAACAACAUCAAUGAAUUUAACAACAACACAAUUAUAUAGUUCAAUUGAUCUUAUUUUACUAAUUGCACAGAUUGAACGAUUAACAAAAGUUUUAACAAGUCAUUUUGAUAGUUUAACACAAUGGUAUUCAUCAUCCGAUGAAUCAUUAUAUUUAGGUGAUAUAAAUGCUACUCUUCAUAUACAUCGAUAUUUGGUUGAAGUUAUAUCAAACUUAAUUGAUGAAAGAUAUUCAUCUUUAUGGAGUGGUACAAAUCCAUUAGGAAAUGAUUUUAUACGUUUAUUAACUUCACUGAACCGUUUAACAACGAUUCUUGCACAGGUGUUAAUUAAUAAUUGUGAUCAAUUUCCUGGUUGUUCAUUUAGUGUAUAUACAAAAAAUAUCAAUCAAACAAUUAAUAUUUUAAAUCGACAAGAAUUAAAUUCAUUUUUUUAUGAAAAUGAAAAAACACAAAUCAAAUUUGCUUCUAUUAAUACAAAGAAAAAUCUUAAUAAUAAUAGAACAACAUUGAUUUAUGAUGAUAAAACUAAUAGUUCUGCAUGGUACUCAGUGUCUAUCACAAGUAUAAGUACAGCUCAUCUUUAUAUACCAAAUCUUCGAUUAGGACGUAUUUCAAAAUAUGAUAAUAUAAAUAGUCAUGUCGUAUCAAUUGAUGUUAAACUUCGUAAACCAAUUCAACAAUCAAAUUAUUUUUCAACACUUGUAUCAGCCGAUAAAAUACCCAUACUGAUAACAAUGGGUUAUUUAAAUUAUGAUAAUAUCUCAGGUAACCAAUGUGUUUAUCUUGAUACAACAAAUGCAUUUACACAUGGACAAUACAAAGCAACACUUCUUCGUCAAUGGCAGUGGCUAAGUUCGCCAAAUAUAUGUGAUACAAGUCAAAUAACUAUUGCUGAUAGAACUACAUGUUCAUGUGUAAUCUCCAAUGGAACGUUUGCUAUUACAAGUGAUAUGUUCGAUCCAAAUUGGCGUCCAUUAGAAUUUCGAUUAUAUCCAUUAGGUAUAUUCUCCUAUAUGGGCUCAUUUAUUCAUAUAUCCUUUGCAUUAACUACAUUAAUUAUGUUGAAUUAUCUGCGAACUCAUUCAUCAGCUGCAUAUAUUCAUAAACAUUAUUCAUUUGUAUUAUGUUGUUCACAAAUAAUUCUAAUUUUAGCAUUUAAUGGUAUACCAUAUCAUCAUUCAUUUCUUUGUCGUGCAGUUGCAUGUACAACACAUUUUUUUAUACUUUCAUCUUAUUGUUGGUUAAUGAAUGAAGCAUUUAAUUUAUAUAUACAAAUAACAUAUACAACACAUCCAGCUGUUGCUGGUGCAAGUACAGCACUUUCAGAUGCGGCUUCAAAAUAUCGUUUUCUUGGAAUGGGUUAUAUUUUACCAUUUUGUAUUGUAACAUUACUUGCAUCAAUAAAAAAAUCAACAUAUUUUAUGCCAAUAAAAAUGCGUCUAUGUUUUAUUGAUCUUGAUGAUUGGUUAAAAAUAUAUUUUAUACCAAUAUCAGCUAUUAUAUUUAUAACAAUAAUGGUAAUGAUUUUUUCAGCUAAACAACAUCAUGAAAGUUCAUAUACGAAAAAUGAAAAAGCCAAUGAAGUUAUUGUAACAUAUACUGGUGGUAUUUGGUCACAAUUAUUUUUAAUAACAAUUAGUUGGUCUUUCGCAAUACUUCCUUAUUUUUACGAUGAAACUAUUCUUCGACUUUUACAUGGUUUUUUUAGUGGUUUACAAAUUCGUCGGCAUUAUCGCGAACGUCGUCGACAGUUACGUCGUAUACAAUUGAUGGAAGUUCCUUAUCAAAGUUCAGCACCUGAAUCCGAAGGACAACGUUCAUCAGUUCUUGUACCUUCAGGAUCACCGCCUACAAUACGUCAUGGAGCAAAUUUAGCAGCACCAGAAUCACCAGCGAAAAAAAGUUCAGUUGCAUCAGUUGUUGCAAGUAUGUUAAAUCGAAAUCGACAACGUUCAUCACCUCGUAACACUUAUGAAGAAAUGAAAUGGACAUUAAGAAAAAGAUCAUCAGGUGAAACAUCGAAAUCGAAAAAGACUCGUUCAAAUAAACAUGUUAUCAGUGAAGAUACUCCUGAUUAUCGUGUUACUGUUGUUUAA